AUGUAUGGUACAGGCUACUGUGAUGCCCAGUGCCCUCGGGAUGUGAAGUUCAUGUCGGGAAAGGCGAACCUCGACCGGAGCCAUGGCUCCUGUUGCGCAGAGAUGGACAUUUGGGAGGCCAACAACAAAGCCACCUCGUAUACAGCGCACCCAUGCAAGAUCGAUACUGCAGGUCCCUAUAUUUGUGAAGGAGUGGAUUGUGCCGACAGCGGCAGCGGCAAUGAGUUGAAAGGACUUUGCGACAAGGCCGGGUGUGACAUCAACCCCUUCCGCGAUGGGGACACAGACUUUUGGGGCGAAGGAGAGGGCUUUGUCCUGGAUUCCUCCAAGCCGGUCACCGUGGUGACACAGUUCGUGACCGACGACGGCACCGACGCCGGCGACUUGGUGGAGAUCCGGCGCUUCUACCUGCAAGAUGGCAAAGUCAUUGAAAGUCCUUCCAUCGACAUUGCUCCUGGCAGCCCUGCGUCCAUGACCGACCAAAUGUGCGAUGAAGUCAAGAAGGUCUUUGAGAACCCGAAUGACUUCAAAGCUAAGGGAGGGCUGAAGGCCAUGGGAGAAUCCUUGGGUCGUGGACACGUCGCCACAUUCUCUCUCUGGGAUGAUGUGAGUGUUCGAAUGAUGUGGCUGGAUUCCUGCUUCCCAACGGACCUGGACUGUUCGGCGCCCGGUGUGCAUCGUGGUCCCUGCGCGGGCGGAGAUCAGAGCGCUCCCGACUUCGUCCGAAGCCACUAUGGCACAGGCUGGGUCUCCUAUGCCAACGUGGCCUUCGGUGAGAUUGGCACCACACAGCAGCAGUACCCAGGCUCACCACCUGCUCCGGCGCCCACCCCGCAGCCGCAGCCUCCAGCUCCAACGCCACCUCCAGCUCCCACACCUACACCAGCUCCAACGCCUGCUCCCACACCUACACCAGCUCCAAAGCCUGCUCCCAGACCUGUUCCAACACCAUCAACGAGUUGUGCCUCAGAAUGGCAACAGUGUGGUGGCCUUGAUUUUGAGGGGCCAACCUGCUGCAGUGAUGGACUUGCAUGCAUCAUAAGCAACGAGUAUUACUCCCAAUGUCGCCCUGCAGAUCACUCGAAGAAUGCUGGCCAAGUAGCUAACAAGCAUACAGAUCACUCGAAGAGUGUUGGCCAAAAAUCUCACAAGCAGAAGUUCUUGGGAGUCGUUGACAUUUCGUUAGACGACGACGGGAGCUUGUUGCAACUGCCUGAGACGUGCGCAUCGGACUGA